GACUUUCUUUCUCUCGCUCGCUUUUGUCGGCGCUAACUUCAAGCCAACCAGACCCCAAACUAAGCCUCAUCACUUCCGCCUUCUUUCUUCCUUCUCUGCCUACGUCUCGUCCCAUUGUCUAGCCGCCCUCCAUCCAACUUCCUCUACCGCAUCACUACAACUUAAAUAGGCCGCCGUUCGCCGCCAUUGUCUUCUCGUCGUUCCUCUCAUCCUCAUCCACUCACCUUUCCAUCUCUCAUUCCAGUAGGUUCACUCCCCCACUCGGUUACCCCUCAACGACGUCUUCGUCUACGGAUCUACGCCGCAGCCUACAUAUUACGACAGAGACUUACCAAAGAUCUCCAGAUUAUUUCUUCAAGAUGUCUGGAACUCUUACUAUGACUAGCUCGGACGGCGUCGAGAUCACCGUCGAGCGCGAUGUUGCCGAGCGCUCUCUGCUCAUCAAGAACAUGCUCGAGGAUUUGGGUGAAACCGGAGAGGCUAUCCCCAUCCCUAACGUCAACGAAGCUGUCCUCAAGAAGGUCAUCGAAUGGUGCCAGCACCACAAGAACGAUCCCCCCAGCACCGGUGAUGACGACGACUCUCGCCGCAAGACCACCGACAUCGACGAAUGGGACCAAAAGUUCAUGCAGGUUGACCAAGAGAUGUUGUUCGAAAUCAUCCUGGCCGCCAACUACCUUGACAUCAAGGGCCUCUUGGAUGUUGGUUGCAAGACCGUCGCCAACAUGAUCAAGGGCAAGUCUCCCGAGGAGAUCCGCAAGACCUUCAACAUCCAGAAUGAUUUCACUCCGGAGGAAGAGGAUCAGAUCCGUCGCGAGAACGAAUGGGCCGAAGACCGCUGAUUUCACAUGACUGGUCAAUGUCACCCAUGGCUUGUUGAUUAUGGAUGGAUUGCCUCUUGAGUACCUUUCCACCGAUCACCAGUCUUGCUUUUUCAAAUUGGGACUUCCUUUUAAAGAUCCUCAUUUCGGCGUUGGGCUUUCUUCGAGCGGUUUCACGUUCACGUUCAUUUUUCUUAUGAUUGUUCCCUCUUGGCUUAUGGUCUAGAGAAAGAUGUAGUUCCUGUGCUUUGCUUUUCAACAAAUCGCUAGUUAGUUUUCUUUUCGCUCUGCAUUACCAAUUACUCUGCAACAACAAUUACGGUUUGUCUUUGGAGAUGUCUCCUC